AUGCCCUCUCAACCGCCUAUCCUCCUCCUCAAAACAAAAUCCACCCCCCACGACGGCUACGAUGAUUUCUUCUCCACAAACGGCUACACCCCGUCCUUCAUCCCCGUCCUCGAACACCGCUUCCACGCCGAGAACCUAGCUUCCGUGCGCAAGCUCUUCGCAUCCGGCGCUUUCAAUACAGACCCUGCCCCUCCUCUAGCUACCCAUGAAACUCAACAGUCCAACGGAAAUGAAAAGAAGUAUGGCGGUAUGAUAUUCACAAGUCAACGUGCGGUGGAGGCCUUUGCAGAGAUGAUCGAAGAAAACGGCCUUCCAUUCACACCCUCACCAACACGUCCCCUCCCCCUCUACACCGUCGGCCCCGCCACAGCCCGCGCCCUGACAACCCUCCGCGACAAAUACCUUCCCACAGCUACAAUCCACGGCGCAGACACCGGGAACGGACAGAAUCUGGCGCACUUGAUACUGGAGCACUACAACGCGCUCUACCGAGACCUACCAUCUUCUGUCGCUUCCGUAAAGCCGUCCCUCCUCUUCCUCGUCGGGGAACAGCGCCGGGAUAUCAUCCCCAAAACACUCAUGGACCCGUCCAGACCCGAGGAGCAGCGCGUCCCCGUCGACGAAAUCGUCGUCUACGAAACGGGGGAAAUGGAUUCGUUCGAGGUUGAUUUCCGGGAUGCGGUUAGCAAGGAGAUAGCCAGGCACAAAAAUAGUGGGGACGGGGGAAGUAUUUGGGUGGUGGUGUUCUCGCCGACGGGGUGUGAGGGGAUGCUGAGGGUUCUUGGGAUGGGGCCGUUUGCUGGUCAAGAUGGGGAUGGGGAAGGAAGGCGCGGGGACGUUUUUGUUGCGACUAUUGGGCCGACGACGAGGGACUAUUUGAGGGAGAGGUUUGGGUUUGAGGCGGAUGUUUGUGCGGAGAGGCCUAGUGCGGAGGGGAUUGAGGAGGGGAUUCGGAGGUUUUUGGCUGCACGGAGGUGAGACAUGAUCUUUUGUAGACUAUAGAGAUGGCUGCCUAGAAUUUCUUGUAUAUAUAAUCUUCUAGAAUCGGAUUGACGCGCUACAGGCCUAGUAUAAGCUGACAAGGUCUUCGACCGUAG